GUGUGCUUAUCAUUUGCAGUCAUGUGUACGAUUACAGAAAACGUGUGUACUGAUAAAAAUGCAGCUGAUCAGGAUUUAACUUUAAAGAUACCAAAAUUACCUGACGGAAAGACGAAACAUUUCUUUGUUUCGUAUAACAGUUUAGACAAACAACGUGUAUUUGCUAUCGUUGAUGAAGUAGAGAAACGAUUCGGACUCCAGUGCGUUUUUGAUGAACGUGAUUUUCAAGGCGGGAAGGAUAUAUCAGUGAAUAUACGUGAAGGAAUGAUGAAUUCUUUGAAGGUGUUACUUUUUCUUACACCGAAUUUUCUUCAAAGCGGGUGGUGCAAGUAUGAAACAGAUGCUGCUUUUGUUUUAUCGAUGGGUUGUGGAUAUAGUUGUAUUGUACCAGUCCUGCUUGAAGAGUGUGAGAUACCACCAACACUUGUGACAUUGACUUACAUUGAUGCAACAAUCACUGGAAUAGAUGUGCCUGAGAAAAUAGCCUCCGCCCUGCUACGCCACGCUACUGAUGACGGUUUAUUCCCACUCAGUAUCAGGACGUGGAACAAGAUACACGAAAACGGCUAUUGUUAUAUCAUUCCUGCAAAGCGUGAUAACUUGUGGUCGUAUAGACCAGCAAAAUACCGUUUUGCAGUGGACAGCAAUCUGAUAGAAAAGUUGAGAGAGAACAGAGUUGAAGUACCAGAAGAAUUGUUACAGGAAACUGUUGAUAUCUUGAAUAGAGAUUCAAUAAUGUGGUCGUACGAUUAUCUAAGUCGUUGCAGAAACUUCAUGUGGACUUUCCUUUUAAUUCCGCUCUACAUAUUGAUAUUUUGUUUAGCUAAGAUCUCGUGGAUUUUGGAUGUAGCAACACGAGGGAGAGAACAAGAGCUCUGGAGCUAUCAAAUUUCAUUUCUGAUGUAUAUAUUCAUGCCAGUGUCAUUUGUAGCGAUUCAGAUUCCGCUCUGUCUAAUACCAAACAUCUGCUAUCGGAAGAAGCGUGAGGUAUCUUUACAAGCAAAACUGUGGCGGAAGGUGGGAAAACAAUGUAUUGAAAAUAACGUUCUUCUUCUGUUUACUGGAAGAAGAAAUAAGAAACCAACUCUACAUGUGAUGCGAUAUGAUAUAGCAAGAUGCAAGGAGUACUUUGUUGGAAUCAUUAAGGCAAGGAACCUAACUCCAGCCGACCGGACACUGACACCUGAGACGUAUGCUGAUAUAUUAAUUGAAAGGCAUCUGUCAGAGAUCUCAAGUACACUUGCAGAUGACUUCGACUUUCUUCCGGACGCGCCAUAUAACAGACAUAAUGUGAAGAAAGGAAAAAUGUGCAUUUGUCAAUAUCUCGAAAAUAACUUGUGAUGCAGCAGGUAAAACGGAGUGUGAAUGUGUACGGAUUGGGCCGCGAUUUGCUUAAAGACAAACGCUAACUAAAACGGUCGAGAUUUAUUCCAACUUGCCAUCGCAGACUCAACAUAAACUGUUAUCAAGUUGUUAAGUUGUAUAUUUUCAGGCAUUUGAAACAGAUAUGACGUGUAAAUAAUAACAUUUGUUAUUUAGUUUAAUGUUAUAUGAACUGUCCAAUCAUUUGCUAGUGUUUGUAUUCGUACUGGUCUCCAAGUUCCGUUUAAAUGUACCCUGAACUUAAAAACAGGAUUGUUCUCGUAAUUAAAGACACUACGAUCUCA